UGAAUAGCUCACCCAAUUUAUUCAUUGGCUUACAAAUACAUAGCAUUUUGUGCAAAAAAAUCGCAGACGAUGAAUACGUUGGACGUGGAUUUCCGUAUGGAUAUUGGAGGCACUGGCUUUUGUCGGACGAUCCAGCAAUACUUGAUCAGUUGCUGUGCUCAGCUGGUCGAGAUGGCCAUGAUUUUGACCCAUGAAAGUGGUAAGUUUGUGUGCCGUUUGUGGGGUGGAACAAUCCAAGAGUUGCCUCCGAAUGGCCAGGAUAAAGAUGAUGAUGACGAUGAUGGGCAUAAAGGGAACUAUCAUUGCCGUAGAAUGACUAACGACAAGAAAUCAAUUCGCAAAUCUGGCGGCGAAGGAGACUUUCUGCGACUUCCGCGACUUGUGAGCGUGGCCUGCGGAUUUGCCAAGGAUCAGGUCAUAUAUCCGCACUACAGUCGUGGGAAAUUCGGUGAGGAUGCCUGGUUUGCCACCUCCAAUACGCAGGCGGACACAAUGGGCGUGGCCGAUGGCGUGGGCGGUUGGCGGAGUUUUGGCGUGGAUCCCGGUGAGUUUAGCAUGUUCCUCAUGCGAUCCUGCGAACGAUUAUCGCUCAGCAAGGACAUGGUGCCCCAAAGACCGGACUUACUUCUGGCCCGAGCCUAUUGUGAAUUGCUUGGACAAAAGUGCCCCGUUGUGGGCAGCUGUACGGCCUGUAUUUUGACCCUUAAUCGGGCGAAUAGCACCCUGUAUACGGCCAACCUCGGUGAUAGUGGUUUUCUGGUGGUGCGAUCUGGUGCCGUCGCCUGUCGAUCGCUGGAACAGCAGCACCACUUCAAUACCCCCUAUCAAUUGUCCGUUUUACCGCCGUAUCACCUUGACACUGCCGUGUCCGAUGGUCCAGAAUCGGCGGACACAAUGCAAUUUCCCGUAGAGCCCGGCGAUGUCAUCCUCCUGGCCACCGAUGGCGUGUACGACAAUGUACCCGAGAGCUUUCUCAUUGAAGUUCUCAGCGAAAUGUCCGGCGUUUCGGAUGCGGUACGCCUGCAGAUGGCCGCCAAUGCCGUGGCCUUGAUGGCUCGCGCCUUGAGCUUCAAUCCGGCCCACGAUUCGCCAUUCAGCCAGAAUGCCCGCAAACUCAACAUCGAGGCGUCGGGUGGCAAGCCGGAUGACAUCACGGUCCUUUUGGCCACCGUUGUCUAGUUGCCACCCGGAGAAUCGGCAAAAAAAAAGGAACCGACAAUUCAAGAGGAUGUGAGAAAUAAUAGUGUCUAGUGUAGAAAAGGCCGCUGCCUAGCAGAAUUUACUUACAAAUCCCGGCAUUUACCCUCCAUUUGUUAGUUUCCGCUGUCCGGCGAAUUUGGCCUGGAAAAAAUUAAGAAAAUUCUCAUCUUCAUCAUUAGGAACUGCCCCAUUUCUUUCAAUAUUUCAUCCAUACCGAAUUUUUUCC